AUGGGCUUGAGUUUGGGUGCAUAUUUGUUGCAUCCUGUUACGGAUAAACAUUCUUCAGACGAGGAAAAUGGGAAAAUUAUAUAUGGUGUGAGCUCAAUGCAGGGAUGGAGGGAAACACAAGAAGAUGCUCACAACUGCUUAUUAGACUUUGAUUCAGAUGCUUCAUUAUUUGCGGUGUACGAUGGGCAUGGUGGUAAUGAAGUAUCAGAGUAUACAUCUCUACAUUUACCAAAUUUCAUUAAAGAAAAUGAGUUUUAUAAAAAAGGUGACUUUGAAAAAGCAUUAAAGGAGUCUUUUGUAAAGUUUGACUGCACAUUAAAAGAACCUGAAGUGGUUGAACUUUUACAAAAGCUUGCCAAGUAUAAUGAAUACAAUAAUGAUGAUGAAUCCGAGUCUGAGGAUGAAAACUUGGGUAGUUUAAAGGAGGAAGCGCAAAUGGCAAUCGAAGAUGUUAUGGCUAAAUAUGUUUUAAAUCGUAAAGAAAAUGAAAAGACUAAUAAUUCCGAAGCCACACAGUCUAGUAGUAAUAAAGUUUUAUCAAAUGAUUCAGUAAGGUGCAGUGAAGUAAGUUCUAAUGAAACGGAAUGUAGUUCUAGUAAAUCGAAUACAAGCUUCAAUGAAUCAGAAUCUGAAGUGUCAAGUUCAUCAUCAUCUUGUGCAGUUUCGAGAAAAAGUUUAAGUGAAAAAUAUAACUGUGUUGACAAAAUUAAAAAGCCAUUGCUUGAUUCAACUUCAAAUGGGUCAAUAAAAUCAAACAAGGGUGAAAAUAGUAAGAUUGACACUUCCGGUAGUGGUGAAUCAAAUGUUACACCGAGCAAAGUUCAAACUGAAUCAAAUAACAGUUCCAAUAAAGAAGAAAUUGUAAAAUCAACUAGUUCAGAAGUAGUAGAUAAUACUAGUAAAUCAAGCUGUAAUGGUAAAUUUAAAAAUAGUACAGUCGAAAAUACUAUAAGUUCAUCUGUGGAAAACGGUGAAUCGAAUGAACCAAAAAAAUCAGGUAAAGAUGUUAAUGAAGAAAUGAGCGAAAGUGAUAGUGAUGAUGUAUCUUUUAAUGGUCCAGAAAGUCGUAGUGAUGAUGAUGAUGAUGAUGAUGAUAAUGAGGUUGAUGAGGAUGAUGAUGAUGACGACGAAGAAGAAGUAAGUAAAGGAGAUGAUGACGAGGACGAUGAAAAAGAUGAUGAUGAUGAAAACGAUGGGGAUGACGAUGGAGAUUAUGAUGAUGAUGAUGAAAUAGAUCGUUGUUUUAUGGAACCUGGAUCGGAAAGCGGUUGUACGGCUCUCGUGGCAUUGAUUAAAAAUAAUAAAAUUUACGUCGCAAAUGCUGGAGAUUGCAGAUGCGUGGUAUCAAAAAAUGGCGAAGCCGUAGAAUUAAGUAUAGAUCACAAACCGGAAAACGAUAUCGAAUUAAAACGAAUAGAAAAAGCUGGAGGAAGGGUCAGCGCUGGAAGAGUCAACGACGGUUUAAAUUUAUCAAGAGCAUUAGGUGAUCACGUGUACAAGCGUACGGCAGAUUUGCCACCGGAAGAACAAAUGAUUUCUCCAUUACCAGACAUUCAAAUAAUAGAUUUAGAACCGGAUAUAGAAUUUAUGGUUUUAGCUUGCGAUGGAAUAUGGAAUUCAAUGUCUAGUAAAGAAGUUGUAGAUUUUGUUAGACCGAGGCUUAUCGAGAAAAAUGAAAAAGUGUCGAAAAUUUGCGAAGAAAUGUUCGAUCAUUGUUUGGCUCCGAACACUCUUUGCGAUGGAACGGGUUGCGAUAACAUGACAGCCAUUAUAGUACAAUUUAAAGAAUCGACAUUUUUUAAAUGUAAAAAACGUCAUUUGGAGGUUGUUGAUAGCGAAUCGGAAAUAUCAGCGAAAAAAACAAAGACUGAAGAUGUGUCCUCAACUGAUUCGAUAGGUACAACAAUCAGUCAAUCGAACGAUACCUGUUUUCAAGAAAAAUCAUCAUCUAAUUCUCCAGAUACAACUCAGUAA